UCUUUCAGUGUAACUUCAACUCUAACUGAGUUCACAUCAAUUGAUAUUAACGUAUUUUGCUUGUUGAACCAUUUUUUUUGUAAACUUACAAACCAGCGCAAAAGGACUCAACUAAAUGUAACAUUUGCCAAUUUUAAUGUUUUUUUUUCAACUUUUUAUUUUCCAAUCUCUCUUUUACAACUCAACACAAUUUAACCAAAAAAGUCAUCCUUUUUAAGAAUCAAUUGAAAUAUCUUUUUGCGUUCAUCAUUAGAUUAUCAUCUCAUCAUUAAAUUAUUAUCUUCAGUGUGUGUGUAUAUUUCAUUCAUUACUCUUCAUCAUUGUUUCUACACUUUACUUCAUCAACUGUUGUUUGUUAAUUGAUCAACAUUGUGUACUUUCAAUGUCUCUCUGUGUUCCCAUGUUUUCCCAGUGUUUCAGUGUUUAUUGAACAAGCUCAUGUGGACUAUCACUUGACAAUUAACCAACAUCUCUCUCUUUUUUUGACUGAUGUUGAUUUGAUGACAUUUAUUAGCUUGUUAAAGCUCAUAAAGUUGAUAAUUACAGGGAAAAGCUGAGAAAAUGGAGAAAAAUCAAGUAAACCAAUUGGUAGCAAAGUGAUCUUUUGUAAUCUUUUGGUACAAGAAAAAAAGUGAGCAACAAAAAGCAAUCAUGUUAUUAAUAAGCGUAAUAAUUGUUUAAUUAUGAUCAUCAUCAAUUUGGAUGAUUGCAAGAGAAAAAUCAAGUGAUAAUUCGAAGGAAGAAAAUCAUAUUGAUGAGAGGAAACAAAAGACGAAACAUUUCUGCACAAUCUAUCAACAUGAGCCAUUAUCUCAUUACUGGGUGAUAUAAAUGUAACAACAACUAGUUAUUUUAUAUUAUUGAUAAAUAUUGAUAAUACAACAACAAAUAUCAACUUGUGAUUUUUCAAGUCAACAUUUAACUAACAUUAACUUAACAUAUUCAACUGAACGCUGUUUUGGACCAAGUUUCGAGAGAAUCUUUUGCAAUUUUAUUUUCUUUUUUCGUCUUCUUCUCGAGCUCGAGUAACUGUUUGCAACUCUGGCUCGAAGUAAAGAUCUUUCAAUUGACUGUAACGUCAAAAGUAACGUAAAACAGACUCAUUUUAAACGUAAAAAUCAACUUUACCAACCUCGACAUUACUCGUCAUUGAAAGGUGAAACAAUCAUGGAAGCCUCAUCAAGCCAAGCAGCCUCACCGCCAACAGCUUCAACAGCAUCGCCCAAAUUGGCAUCAUUAUCAUCACCAACAUCUAAUCAAACUUUAUGCUCAUCAUCAUCAUCUUCCUCUUCAUCCUCAUCCUCUUCAUCACCAACAUCAAAUCAAUUAAAAUCGCCUUCCACCGAUAACAUUCUCGCACAAAAAGAGAAAGAGAUCUCCAAACUAGUCGAAGAAAUACAAAGAUUACGCGAGAAAAUCAAAACUAUGCAAAGUGAUAAACCAGAAGGAAAUGAUGAAGAACUCGAGGAAACUGAGAAUCCCGUUUCUCCGUCAAGUUGCAACAACUUAUCACCAAUAACAGCAAAUGCUAAGCCAACCACACUAACCUCUGGACCUUUAAAAACCACCGCAUCAUUAACCUCAAACAUCAUCUCUGCCCAUGGAGACUUGUUGACCAAUCCAGGUUUACUGGGUUUCCAUCAUGGAAGCGCACCUUUAGAGGGCAUCAUUUUAACUGGCAACACUGCUGGUUCUGGUACAGGUAAUGAUAGCAAUAGCCGAUCAACUGGCAAUCAUCCGUUGUCUUCAUUAAACAACACUACUCUUGGUAUUAUUGGAAGCGGUACAAAUUUAGUUUCCCUUGAAAGUCAACAUCGAUCUCUUGAAAUGUCACUUCAAAAGCUGCAAGAAGCUUUACGACAAAAUGUGGACAAAUUUAUGAACGAAUCGCUCAACACUUUAAACAUUUCUCGCUGUGUUCGUGAACUUUUAUCAAUACACAAUAUUGGUCAACGGUUGUUUGCCCGUUUUGUUUUAGGACUAUCCCAAGGAACCGUUUCAGAGCUUCUCUCCAAGCCCAAACCGUGGGACAAAUUAACGGAAAAAGGUCGUGACUCGUACCGUAAGAUGCACGCCUGGGCAGCCGAUGAGAAUUGUAUCAAUCUUCUCAAAUCAUUGGUUCCCCGUAAAGGUAAAGAGACGACCAGUUUUAAGCAAGAUGAUCCAGCGGCUGAAGAAAAGAUCCGUCAAAUUUUGAUUGAAGCCCAAGGAGCCAUGUUGACACCUUCAUCUAUACGAUCUUCGACUGGCUCAUCGGGUGGUGGCCUGUUGAGAUCGGGACUCAAUCUUACCGGGUCAUCAUUAUCUUCUGGUCUCUUGUCCAAUGGUGAAAUGAUGGGUCCACUGGGUUUAGUUAAAAGGGAAAAAUCUGGUGACCUGGAAAGCUCAAGUGAUUCGGGUGGCGAGGAGAGGAGUACUCCUGGAGGUCGAUCACCGCCACCUCUUAUAUCUUCAUCUAUUCAUCAUUCGCAUCAUAACUUUUCUCAUCUCAAUUCUGCUUCCAGUAACAAUAAUAGUAAUAAUGCCAUUGACUUGGCCACGGGUUUGAGUGCAAUAUCUAAUCACCAUUCUCAUCAUUUAACCUCAUCUUCUUCUCAUCCUCUGGUCAACUCUUCUUCAGCUCUUUUAUCAUCUUCACGGACAGGUAGGAAUGGCAAUGUUGGUGGUGAAGGUGAUGAUCAACAAAUGUCCCAUGAUUUGGUUACACGAAUUUACCAGGAAGAAUUGGUAAAAAUUAUUGGUCAACAGGUUGAAGAGGGAUUCCGCCAUCCUCAUGGUCUUGCCUUUGACCGAAGUCCAGAACAGAUUCGUCAAGCAAUCACCAUUUAUCAUCAAGAAUUGUCUCGUCUUCACCAACAACUGGUCUCAUCGGGUGCUGCUGCUGCUGCUGCUGGUGUGGGUCACCUCAACUCACAGGCAGCUGCUGCUGCGGCUGCUGCGGCUGCAACUGAUCCUGAAGUAUUUGCUCGUCUUGCCGCUGCCUCUCUAGUCAAUGGAGCAGGUUACCUUGGACUUCCGCACAUGUUACCCGGUCUUAAUUUACCUUCUUCCCGGUCACCCAGUCGAAGUGGCCAUGAAGGCAAGGGCAGUCCUGAGCCAGGUCGAGAGUCUUCAUCACCUCGCGAGUCUAACCAUCAACAAUCCAACAACAGUCCCUCAUCAUCACCACCACCAACCCUUUCCUCUUCAAUAGUCAACAAUUUAUCGCAAACUUCCAACGGUAACGACAAUUCUGCCAAUCGAUCAACUCCCACUCCGGACGAUGACUCUUCCCAUCAUCAUCGACACCAACCGCAAACUAGUGCCUUUUCCCUUGUUAGACCCAAAUCAGAGCCCAACAGUAAGCAACCCUAUUCACCCACCUCAGCUGCUGCCGUAGCUGCUGCCGCCGCUGCGGCCGCUGCAGCAGCAGCAGUUGCCGCUGGUUUACCCUCUCUAAGUGGGCUUGAUCUUGGGUCGAAUGGGUCAUCAUCUUCUUCCACCUCUAAUUUAUCAACUCCAACAGCAACCAAUGCAAACACAAGUAACAAUGGCAGUGCCAAUAGCAACAGUGUUGCCAACAACAAUAGUGGAUCGGUUGGUGCUGAAGAUUUAUCAGCCUCAGCAUCACCCUUACAGCGAAUGCAAUCAAUUACAAAUUCACUUUUAUCCCAAUCAUCAGUCCCUCCUGUCUCAUCGACACCCUCACGACCAUCGAAAGCCGUUUUACCACCAAUCACUCAAAACCAAUUUGACCAUUACAACAAUUUAAAUACUGAAGACAUCGUCAAGAAGGUUAAAGAACAGCUAAGUCAGUAUUCAAUUAGUCAACGACUUUUCGGUGAAUCAGUUUUAGGACUUUCCCAGGGUUCAGUUUCUGAUUUGCUUGCUCGUCCCAAACCAUGGCACAUGUUGACCCAAAAGGGUCGGGAACCUUUCAUUAGAAUGAAAAUGUUUCUUGAAGAUGACAAUGCGGUUCACAAGUUGGUCGCCUCACAAUACAAGAUUGCACCUGAAAAACUGAUGAGAACCGGAAGCUAUUCAGGUUCCGCCAAUCCAACAACACCAACAACAGCAGCCGCACUGGCCAGUUCAAUGGUUGUAAGUAAUUCCAUGACCAGUAAUGUUACCGGUGGCAAUACAAAUUCAACUGGUUUACCUUCAACCGGUCCAGUUGCUGCACCAACAACACCCUCAGCUCAUGCAACCCUUUCACCCAAUCAUGGUAACACUGCUAGCAUAAUUACCAGUGGAUCAGUCAAAGGAUCACCUUCAUCAGUUUCAUCAGUCUCUGCCAAACUUUUGUCUGAUUCAGUGGGACGAACUGAUCUCACUUCCCUUGCAUCCCGAUCAAGUCCAGUUUAUGGUAAUGGAUCGGGUCAAAUAUCAUCAGCAUCUACACCUGAACACACGCCCAAUGCAACUCUACUUUCAGCUAAUCAUUCACCUCCAAGAGGUUCAUCAAGUUAUUUAAAACGACGCUAUGAUGGUUCUACUUCAGGAAGUGAACGUUCCUCUGUUGCCGCUGCCGUGGCGGUUGCUGGUCUCUCCUAUAUGCAACCUUCAGUCUAUGAAAUGGCAGCUCUAACUCAAGAUCUUGAUACUCAGGCGAUAACAACUAAAAUAAAGGAAACAUUAAUGGCUCAUAAUAUAGGACAAAAGAUUUUUGGUGAAAUUGUUUUAGGAUUGUCUCAAGGUUCUGUUAGUGAAUUGUUGUCUAAACCCAAACCUUGGCACAUGUUGAGCAUCAAAGGCCGUGAACCUUUUAUCCGAAUGCAAAUCUGGUUAACCGAACCGCGCAACAUUGAGCGUCUUCAAGCGCUUAAAAAUGAGCGUCGUGAGAUGAACAAGAAACGGCGAAUCAAUGGCGAUGAAGUUUCAUCCCUUUCAUCAACCAAAUCAAAUUCAAAUCACAUUUCACUUCACGUCGAUUCCAACAAUGCAAAUGUUCAUCACCAUUUAACCACCGGAAGUAGCCUAAGUAACCAUUUACAUGGAAGCAAUAUGUACUCUUCAGCUUUAAACAACAAUUCCUGUUCUUCACCUUCAUCAUUCCGCUCAUUGUCAACCGGUAAUCAAUCAUCAACUUAUUUAGGCAACAACAAUGUGAGCAACAUCAACAACAACAACAACAACAAUACAAUAAUUUCAAUCAACUGUUCAUCGCCUUUCGGUUCAUCCUCUUCAACGGCCGCCAAAAAACCUCGAAUCUUGUUUACCUCCAAACAAAAAGAGGCUCUCAAGUUGGCCUUUUCAAUGGACGCUUACCCGUCAACUGCAACCAUGGAAUUUCUUGCCGCCGAACUUGACCUUUCCGUUAGAACGAUAACCAACUGGUUCCACAAUCAUCGGAUGCGAUUGAAACAGCAGCCCAAUCAGCCGAUUGCCGGUGAUGAAAACUCGUCGACUGGCAACACUUCACUCGCUUACAGUAUGGGCCGAGAUGGAAUGACCUUUGAUCCAAUCACUUUUAGGGUUGCACUCAGUCAACGACUGAAUGAUCUUGAUCUUACCGGUGAUGAAAGUGGCGGCGGUGGCAAUGGAUCUCAUCAUAAAAGUUCAUCUUAUUCAUCGUUGAAUCUUGGUUCAAAUGAUGUUCACCAUUCUUCAUCCGGUCAUCUUUAUUACAAUCCAAAUAGUUGUUCAUCACCAGCCUCAUCAUCAUAUCAGGAAGAUGAAAUAGGUACUCUAGAUCUUUCCAUGUCUUCAAAAUCUCAUCUUCCCUCUUCCCGAUCAUCGAUGCAACAACAGCAAUCUUCUCAUCAUCAUAAAUCUCUUUAUUCAAUGGGUGGUAACCGUUCGGUAACUGAAGACUCUGACAGUGAAACUGGUUCACUUGAAGAUUCAUCUCCUUCUAGACGAGUUCACCAUCGAUUAUCAUCUUCCCAAAGAUCUCUUCAUCACUCAUCAAGAGGAUCAUCUCAUCAUCAUGGUAAAAACAACACAACCACAACCAUCACAUUGAACGCAAUAUCAACAAACGCCUCAUCACCCGUCUCAGGUGAGCUUGACCUUUCCUCUAGACCAGCACCAACCAUAAGUGUAACCAUUGCUUCAGCUGGUGUCUCGGUGAGACCCUCACUGACUGGCUUUGGGUCAACCAAAGGGUUCCCUUCAACGGGUAGUUCACGACGUAAACCUGCCAUAGUUACAAGUUCAAGUUCACGGCGAAAGCCAGCCAUGCCUCAAUGGGUUGCACCCAACAUUGACUGUUUCGGUGACGAUGAAGAGGAUGAAGUGGACGAAUCUAAUCAACAUCGUAGGCGCUUAAACUCACACCAUGGUCGAUCAUUGCACAAGAAACAGCGAUCCUCUUCUUCCAACAACAACAGUGAUACCAAACAAGACGAUCAAGUUGCUCACCAGUUUUCAUCGACCAGUGAAACUGAAGAAGAUGAAGAUGAGCAACAAAUCGCUCAAGUCGAAGAUAAAGACGAAAAUGAAGAUCAAACACAGUUGACCGAAACUGUGGAUAAAGACGAAGAGGAAGAUAAAGAUGAAGAUGAUGAUAAAGAAGAGGAUCAAGAUCAUCCACAAAUGACUCAAGUUGAAAAUGAAGAUAAAGACGAAGACGAUACGCAAAUGGCAGAAGGCGAAAAUGAAAACGAAGAUAUCGAUUAAUUAAACUCAUUCAGUAUAUAACUCAUAAUGUCCCACCUCAUUUCAAAACAAAAAACACGCAACAAUCGAAAAAUUUGAUAAGUCAAAAUUCGAAAAAAAAAUAUUAAAUAAAACUGAAAAA